CGGUGACAAGGUGCAGUACAGCAUCCAUGAAGUAACACGGACCGAGUUAUCAUCAGUUAGCAUCACCAUGGAAAUCAAGCUAGCGACCAGCAAUCUGAGGUAAAUUUCUUCGCGCCUCGAUAAAACACGAUACAGACAUAUUUAUGACGACGUUCAGCCCACCUUAUGACUUCUCCAGAGGACAAAAUUGUUUCCUGGAGGGCGAUAGGCCCCGUGUCAGAGCUGUCCAAGAAAAAAUGCCGCUUGAUUCACUCAUCUGACGGACGCGACGCGGAUGUUUGCCUCUUUUAUGUACGCGGCGAAUUCUUCGCGAUGGACGCGCGCUGUGCUCAUUCAGGAGGUCCUCUCUGUGAUGGAGAUAUUGAGGAAGCUGAUGUUCUUCAGGUCUUCUGCCCUUGGCAUGACUAUGACUUCAAUCUCAAAACAGGGAAAUCAAGCACAGGUUUACAGCAACAGGUUUAUGAAGUGAAAUGGGAGGAUGGGACUGUGUACAUCAAGCACGCAAGCGAUCUGUCAUUGCAACCUUUCAACCUGGUCAAAGAGAAAUGAAGAACUAAAGCAUCUGUUUGUAUGUAUUGUGGGUCGUAUUUUGAAAUAAAUUCUCAUUUAAACUAAAUUAACUUUUAAUUAUGCCAUUUUACAAAUCUAACUUUAAUGUGGAAUUGUUCUCCAACGUUAAACACAAAUGACUUGAAAUGCCACUAUUUAAAUUGACUGAUAAUUUAAAAACUUUGCAUAUCUUUAAAAUGUAGGAUAUUUACUCAACUCAGGGAUAAUGCGGUCAUAGAGAGUUUUCAACUGAUGUAGUCAUAAAUUGGUUCAGGUUCAUAAUUGUUAGUGUAAUUGUAAAUGCUUCAGCGAAGUGUUUUUCUCUAGGGCUGUUAUAAAUGUUUACAAUUGUAACUUGCCAUAAUUAUCACCUUCUAAAAUCAAUCCUCUUGAGUAUUGUUAAAAAUGACUUUAACCAGAAAUGACAAGCUAAAUGACUGUCAUAAACCUCAAUAAACAUUUUGGUACAAAUUAACAUGCAUUAAAAAUACAACUUUUUUGAAGAGCCACUUACAGUUUAUUUACUUAAAGUCCAUUUUCUUAAAAAACACUUUUAAACCACAACUUCUCGUCUAUCUCCGGUCCUGUGAUGCGCCAGCGCGACCUCACGUUAUACAUCAUCACGUCAAGAGGUCACAGAUGACGUUUGCGAAACUACGCCCCAGUGUGGAGAAAGAGGACCGUUCCGACGUUUUUGUAUGUGGAAUGAUACUAUUUAAUGUCUUUGUGUUAGUUUAUUGUUUAAGUUGGUUCUCAAAUGUGCGUUUUAUAUAUGCAACACGUGACCUUUCUACGUCACUACGCAAUUACGUGAGGUAGCGCUGGCGCAUCACAGGACCGAAGAUAGACGAGAAGUUGUGGUUUAAACAUGCAUAUUUUUGUAUAUAAAAUGACAAUCAUUUCACUAGAUAAGACGAUUAUGCCUCGCUUGCGAUCGUUUAGAGUCCUUUGACACUAUGUUGAAAAAACUGUUAAGGGUUGAAUUAAGUGUUAAGUGUUGAGGUCCAUUAAAAUGAGAAAAAUCCUGGAAUGUUUUCCUCAAAAAACAUAAUUUCUUCUCGACUGAACAAAGAAAGACAUCAACAUUUUGGAUGACAUGGUGGUGAGUAAAUUAUCUAGUUUUUUUUUUUAAGAAAAUGGACUAAUCCUUUAAGGUUCAACCUAUGGAAGUGAUUGAGGGUCAAAAUCCAUCCCAUCUGAGAGUUGCCCCCUUAAAAAAAUUAAAACCAAGCUGCUUGUUGUAAAUAAUAUAAUGAUAUGUCCGUUUAUUAAUUGUGUAAGUAGUAAAACAAUAAAAAUUCAAAGGGGAAAAUGUGUUUUAAGUUUAGAAACAUUUUGAGUGCCCCUCCCUUGCCUCACAGUGCUUGGUCCACUGCCUGCUUUCCUUGUUUAUCUUACCUACCCACAAACACACACACAAGUCCGGAGAGAGAAUAAUUCAGUUGUCAAAGCUUUUUAUUCGCUUUAAACGUCGGAUAAAGUAAUUAUUUCUCUUUAAUACGGAUAAUGCUGAGUGAUCGAUUUUUCUAUAAUGUUACCUAGCUAACAGUCAUUAUGUUUAAGUUAAGUUAAAAUUUCUUGGGUAGCUUGGUUGUAAACAACUUGAUUGUAAAAACAUUGCAAUACAUAAAGAAAAUUAGGCUUUCCUUUCUGUAUACAUAUCCUUACAAGUACAGUUUUUCUCAUAUUUUUCUCUUCAAAUAUUGCUCUUGAGAAAAUUUGUUUUUUGUCCCAACUGUUAGAUGAAAUUUACGCCAAUGGCAAUGCGUAAUCAUUGGUGUUUUGUGAAGGCUACCAUCAGUUGACUAUAUUAAUUUAUAACCUUUAAUAAAAUUGUAUUAGAUUAUUAUUAGGGAUAGGACAAUAUAUUGCAGAGGCCGCUAUAUCUUUUUUAUUGGCCGGUAAAUUUCUCUACUUAAAUUUGAUGUUUGUAAUAAAAAGACACUCAGAGUCACUUAUAGGGACACUCCCCUUUUUUUUUUGAAAAUAUGCUUAUUUUCCAGCUCCUCUAGAGUUAAACAUUUGAUUCUUACCAUUUUAAAAUCCACUCAGCUGAUCACUUUUAGCAUAGCUUAGCACAAUCCAUGAAAUCCGAUUAGACCAUUAGCAUCGCCCUAAAAAAUAACCAGAGUUUUGAUAUUUUUCCUAUUUAAAACGUGACUCUUCUGUAGUUACAUUGUGUACUAAGACCGACAGAAAAUAAAAAGCGAUUUUCUAGGCAGAUAUGGCUAGGACUAUAGGCCAAAUAAACAAGUUUUUAUUGGCGUAAUAAACAAGGACUUUGCUGAUGUACUAUGGCUGCAGUAGGCGCAAUGAUAUUACGCACUGCCCGAAAAUAGUCCCAUUGGUUACUUUCAAUGGCAGGGGACUAUUUUCGGGCAGUGCGUAAUAUCACUACGCCUGCUGCAGCCUGGUUAUCUGGUUAUCUUAGUACACGACGUAACUACAGAAGAGUCAAGUUUUAAAUAGGAAAAAUAUUAAAACUUUAGUUAUUUUUUUGCCCGAUGUUAAUGGUCUAGCGCCAGACCAGGAGAUCAGCUGAAUGGAUUCCAAAACUGUAAGAAUCAAAUGUUUAACUCUAGGGGAGCUGGAAAAUGAGCAUAUUUUUAAAAAGUGGAAUGUAUCUUUAAUGUAAAGUCUGACAGACAGUAAAAUAAAAAAUCAUUAUUUACUUUUUGUGUCACACACAACACCACACUUAGUCAAACAGUACAAUGAGAUGUCACGUCCACAUUAAUUAUGUCUUGUAAAUAUGAUUUAAGUACUUCAAAAGGGUAUAUUUAUGAAUGUUAUGCAUAAUAUUUUUUUAGUUUCAUAAAUUUUCUGUCAGUCUCUUAUUUACUGUAAAAACAUUUGUGUUUUAUCAGCCAUACAGCUUUCUUAAUAUCGGUCGACCAAUAAUUUAUUAUUAGUUUCUUAUGUUCUUCAAUGUAUAAUUUUAUAAAGUUUUAUAUGUUGUAUUUAUGUUAUAAUAAAUAAAAAAAUAAAGACAACA